UAAGAGCCGACGAUAUUAACUUCGACAUCCUACUUUUCAGUUUUCACAGCCAUGGUGGUGGUGACCUUCUCCUCAUCGACUCUCCAUACCUUCAACUGCACAAGCAACUCUUUCCACAACAUCAUCCGAAAUCCCAUUUCCCCCACCUCUCUACCAUUUCUUCGUCAAAUCUAUAACACUAGGCCCAAAUCCCCUGCCUCGAAUGGCGUCGUCUUCUCUAUCAGAGCUUACAUGGAGACUCCCAACUCUUUUUCGAGCUUCGCCAACAAAGUUAUCGGAGCUCUCCCAGUGAUCGGUCUAGUAGCCAGAAUCAUAAGCGAUGAAGGUGGUGUUGGUGGAGACAUUAUUGACUUUGCUGAGUUUCGGAGACGCGUCGGGAAGAGAUGUUCUCCAUCUGAUUCUAGAGCUUUCUAUGAGUUCCAAAGUCGACGAGGCAAGGCAGGAGAGCCAUUGUAUGUGCUGCUAUGCUGUUGGUUAGCAGCCGUGGGAGCUGGUCUCUUAAAAUCUGAGGAGAUUUUGGAAGGAGCGGCAAGGAUUCGGAUUUCAAAUGACAUUGAGUUUGAGGAGGAGACAUUCUUAGCCAUGAUGAAUGAGGCCAGAGAGAAACGGGCAAAGUCAAAGGGUGGCGCAACAACAAUCCCAAUGGAGGCUCGUGUUGAGAAAUCACUUGAAGCCAUUUAUGUUUGCUGUUUUGGGAAGGGCCCUAUAGAGGAAGAAGAUGAGAAUCUUCUAAAUGUGAUGCUCACUUCAGUUUUUCCAACCGUACAGAAUACUGACAUGCAGAGGAUUAUAAAAGACAAGGCAGAAAGAAUAGCUCAAGGCGAUGAUAUAAGCGUUCCAGAGCCAAAGAUCUUAUCCAAAGAAGCUGUUCAAUUACAAAUGAAGGAUCUACAAUUCCUUCAACAAAAUAAAGAUACUUAAAUCAAUGUGUAGUGAAUUAUUGACUGAUUCGUAAUGGAAUAGCAGAGAUGUGUACGUUAUGUCAUCUUCUUCUCUUGAUAUGUUGAAAUUGGUCCAGAAUUUUGAUUUUCAUUACCCUGUUUAGCUUACUAUCUGUUGUCGUCUACACUAAUACAUUGUCGUUUAGGUAAGUUGUUUGUUACUUGUUUGUAGAUGUUGUCACUUAAGUAAUGCUAUCGUUUUUCGACA